CUUUCGCAAUCAGUCUGGAGUUUUUCCGCUCCACCGUGGUGCAUUUCUUCAAGGUGACGGGUUCCCCGCUACGAGUCGGGGCGAGCCCUGCAGACGAUGUGAUGACAUUAAAAAUGCGCAAAAAAAAAAAAAAAAGAAAGAAAGAAAGAAAAGAAAAAGAAAGAAAAGACAAUGUCCUCUGACAGCUAAGCAGCGCGUGCCGCGGGCAGCGUGUUAAACACAGUGACAACUUGUGGAUUCACUGUCAGUCCCUGCAGCUCUGCACAUGUGUAGUUCAAGGGCGCACCCAACUUUCUGAUUCCCACAACUUUCACGCUUUUCACCCGCAGCCAGUCGUCAUGUUGAACAAAUUCGGGCCGCAGAGCACCGGCGUGGCCGUCUCCAGCGCCGACCUCCAGCUCAAACUGACGGACAGCAAGACAGCAGGGAUGGGGAUGGAGCACGGCGGCGGGAAGAAACUCAUAGAGAUAACUGGACCGGCUUUAUCCAAAAGAAAGCUCCUGGUCGGCUUAGACCUCCUCUGCCUCUUCCUCGCCUCCAUUCCUUUCUUUGCGUGUGAGCUGAAGGCAGUGAGUCCUUACAGAAGGGGCUUCAUGUGCGGGGACCCCAGCAUCACCUAUCCUUAUCUGCACCAGGAGGCCAUAUCAGACGAACUGCUCAUCGCUGGUGGCAUCAUCAUCACCGGCCUCACUAUCGCCCUCGGGGAGUGUUACCGGGUACGUUUCAGAGGCGUCAGCUCCAAGGCCUUUGUCAGGAACCUGUACGUGUCCUGUCUGUACAAGGAGCUGGGCUGCUUCCUGUUUGGCUGCUGUGUCGGCCAAUCGCUGACCAACAUGGCCAAGCUGAGCGUCGGGAGGCUACGGCCGCACUUCCUGAAUGUGUGCGGUGUCACCUAUGCCUCGCUCAACUGCACGCCUGGCACCUACGUCGCGACAGUGAACUGCCGCCAGCCUGACCACAGGUUGGAGGAGGAGGCCAGGAAGUCCUUCUACUCUGGCCACGCUUCCUUCGCGAUGUACACAAUGCUGUAUUUAGCAUUCUACCUGCAGGCGAGGUUGACGUGGCGUGGGGCUCGGCUGCUGAGGCCGGCACUGCAGUUCUUCCUGGUUCUGCUGGCCGUCUACACGGGCCUGACCCGCAUCUCAGACUACAGGCACCACCCGUCUGAUGUGCUGACAGGCUACAUACAAGGAGCCCUCACUGCUUACUGGGUGGCCUUCCACAUCUCGUCCAUGUUUAAAAGCUCGAGUUUGGAUCUGUCUCCGACCGAGACCCUGGAGAGCCCCUUGUCACCCCACCACACUGUCUGCUAAACCUCACCCUCACCAACCCCUGCCCCUAGCCUGGUUUUGGAUAGACAGAAGAUUUGAAGAAUGUGAGACCAUUUCCUGUGAAGUCGAACCACAUACCUCAGAAUUCAGAUGGAGUGUGAGAGAGAACGAGAGAGAACGUGAGGGAGAGCGGAGCUUGUGAGACCCUGUGCGUGGCUCAAAACAGAAAACAUAUUAACAGAGCGAUAUUAAGAGGGAGGGUCCUGAAAACUAAACCCGACUGCCCGGCUGGAGCGGCCGCCCUGAGCACUGGAGCCGCUGUCCUUGUGACUGACCUUCGCUUCGCUUGCGUAUUCUUACCUGUGAGAUGAGAUGACUGAAUCCUGAACACAAGCACUACCACUCUACACAUCACCUGUAAAUAUAUACAGCUUUUGUACAACGUGAACGAUCCCGUUAAAGCACUUGUUGAUUUCCAUUUUAGUAUUAUUAAUGACCACUUUGUGAUGAUUUUGGUAAGUAGGAUGUAAUGUAUUUUAUGCAAGUAUGUAAUAUGUCUCUUAGCUCUUUUGUUUUUGUUUUUUACGUGAACCCAGUGAAUGUAAUGGCGUUAAAGGAAAGCACAAAUAGCGAGAGAGCAACUCAUUUUUCCUGAUGUGUUGUAGCAUUUAGAUGCAGUGGUAUGCGUCCGUCCUUCUAUGUGUGUUGUGUACAUAGUUUAUUAACAAGAGAAUGACUAUGACAAUGUUUACACAAUAGAUGAAAUCCCUGAAGGAUCAGCCACUAAUCAUCUUUUUAAUUUCUUUUUCAUAAUGCUAAUCUAUGUUUCUAGACUACUUACCAGUCCAAGAGCACACAGAUGAUUAUAGAAAAUGUGAUUUUUUUUUUAACUUAUUGUCUCUUUCUAGUAAAAAUAUCAACACUUCCUACACAUUUUGAGAAGAAAACCAUUUUUUAUGUUUAUUGGGCAUUUUUCAUUUUCACAUUUUUAAAUCUUACAUCGAAGGGGCUCACUGAAACAAUCUGCAGCAAUUUAAAUGUAUUAAUCACUUUCAUAUUGGCUCUAUAUGAGCAGAUUGUAACGUGACGUGAAAAAUGAGACCUUCCCCAUCGCUCCUUAAUAUUGACAGUAUUUAUGAGGUAAUAAUAUAAACUCAGAAAUAUUUAUUUCUUUCCAUAACUGAAUGCACAAGCUGUUCUCAGAGGAAAACUAAGGUCCCAGAACACUGUUUGAAGCUAGGAUGGUAAAACAGUAUUGUCCUUUAAGGUCAGUUUGUUUUUUGUUUCUUUCAGUUUAUUCAGUCAUGAGUUUGUUUAUUUAGUUUGUUUAGGCUGAUUAAACUCUAAUUAAACUUUCUUUCCAAAAACUACCCAGUGCACCUUUAAUGCUGAAAUGUUUAAAGUAUUGCAAGUAUUGAUUAAAAGGAAAUGUACACAUUAUGCAGCUGAAUGGCUUCUAUCAGAGUUGUGUCACUAUAAUAUAUUUGAGCAUUAGCACUGAUGCAUAGACAUGUAAGAAUCAUGUCAGUGUUGUAGCAGAUUAAGUGUCUGAUGUCUAAUCAGUGCAUGAUUAGUGUGUAAAACUGUAAUCUGUGAACAACUAGUAGCUUCAGUUGCUGGUAAAAAGAACAUUAUUUCCUGCACAAGAACAAGGUUGGAAAUGGAAGUACUCAGCUAAACUACAUGUGCGUAAUUGUGUAAAUGUGCUUAGUUAAAUUCAACCAAUAUUUUUGGAUCUUUUUAUUUGACUUUGAUUUUUUUUUUUCUCUUCGGUUUACACCUCAUCAGUCUCUCCGCUUCCUCUGCAUGUAGUCUUCCUCCCUCUCCCGAACCCCCCACCCCCCGCUGCCCCUACAUCCACACAGAGAGAAAGACGGGAACAUUUAUUUCACAUGUUUACUUGAACUUCAAUAGCAAUACAAGACAGAAUCGGAACACUCGAGGUCGAUAUGUACAAGGAUCUCAGGGGGGUUGCAGAAAAGUUCUGAGGUUUCAUAUGAUCUCUGGCUCUGGAGUCAAGAGUUCUGUCGCUAUGAGUUCCAUCACCAACAGUUAGUGGCAGGUGGAGGAGGGCGGAGGGGCGGAGGUUUGAUCUUGAUGUGAAAAUGGGAUUGGUCGAGAGUUCAAAAUCAGUCAGAGGGGAACGUGUGUAAGAGGCCCCCCAGUUGAUAUUGAUAAAAUGCUUCACUGUGAUACAUUAAUUAUACAAGAAUGAUGUAUAUACAGGCACGCACUCACACUCGCACACACACGUCCUGGCACACACGCAUGCUCAUCAAGCUACACACACACUCGCAUCCACGCUCACUCGCUCGCUUGCUCUCACACACACACACACACGCACACUUCAGCACUUUCCUCCUACAGUAUGUAGCCUUGUAAAGCCACUAUAAAGUCAUGCACAUGUUCUUUGAAAGGAUUUUUUGGCAACGCACAAGUGCUUCUUUGACACACUGUUUGCUUGCUACAGGGAGGGAAAAACACCCAGCCGAUGAACCAAUAGAAACUUAUGGACGAUGGGCAAAUAAGGAUAAGCACCGAUGAGAUGGAAGACACAUCAGGGUUUCAGGGGAAGAGAGAGAAGGUGGGAGAGGGAGAGGAGGAGGAAGAGUUAUAAAUGGAUCACAGUCAUAGAAAA